AUAAAUUUUGUUGCUAACCACGUUUUUGCAAUAAAUGCAUUUGGAAAAUUCCGUAAUGUUAUUAAAGCAUAUCGGUAUACGGGGGUUAACGGUAUAAUUUUAAUAUGCUUAAUAACUAAAAUAGCGGCUAUAAAAUACCGUACGUUUCGUAUAAUUAUUUUUAAAAAAAAGCAAAUAAAUAAGGUUAUAUUUAUUAUUUUAUUGGAAAUUAAAAAUUUUUUGCAACGGGAACGCGUUGCAAAUACUUAUAUAAAGCGAAAAAAAAGCGGUAUCCGUUUUAAAGGUAAAUUUAUAAAAGUUGAAAGCGCCGCGGCGGCGCUCGUUGCGCGCUUUACGCUUUUUUUUGGCGGCGGUUUUUUUGCCGCAACGGUUAAAGCCCGCCGGAGGGUUAUCGGCAGCACGCUUGUAAAAGGUUUAAAGGGUUACAAGCGCAAAAGGGUUCGAUGA